AUGACUUCGGUGUGGCAGGGUCUGGGGGUAGCCAGAGGCCGCAGGAGCCACCAGAUGCUAACGGAGGAGAACGAGAGUCCAGCACCCAGCCUGAGGAAGCUGCCGGCCAGCUCUCUGGACACCCUGUGUACCCGCCUGAGCAGACGCCUGCCCCUGGGAAUCCUUGAUGCCAACUUUCGGGACGGGCCCUCCUGGGAGCCCCUGGAAGGCUCAGAGAGAGCACAGGGGGCUGGCCGCUCUGCCAGGAAGGCCUUGGGAUCCAUGGCUCAGAAAAUCCAUAAGUCAUGCCAGGGAAGCAGCCAGAGAAGAGACACAGGCCAUGCCCACAGAGGGAGCCCACACCCAAUGAGGAGGAGGAGGAGGAGGAGUGCCCGGCUAUCAGUGGCUCCCUCGCCAAGCUCUGGGGCCAGGUGGCAGAGCGCCACCCCUUCAUCACAGGGCUCAGGGCUGAGAAGGCUCUCUAGGUGGAUCACCAAGGACCCCCUCCUUCCUCUACGGAGGCGUUCCCAGCGGGAAGCAGCCCUUCGAAGCCCAUAUUCUUCCCCGGCUCCUCUCUGCUCCAUAAGAGGUGGGUGCUUGGAGGAAGAGGAGGAGGAGGUGGAGUCUGUGACCAUGGGCAUCCAGCAGCUGAAACACCUGUCUCAAGCCUUCGAUGAGGCCAUCGCCACAGAUGAGAAGAAGCAAGCAGUAGCACAUUACCACCUGCUCAUGACCCACAACCUGAGGGCUGUGCGCCAGUCUGAGGCACCCCUGGGCUUCUGGACGGAGGCAUGCCUGGGGACCGAUGGCUUUUGGCCACCAACGUUAAGGUGUGACCCCCUGGAGAGGAGGGUGGCUCUCUGGCCGGACACCCACAAACCUCAUGUUUGGAUUGAAACUUCUUCGUUUCCAGAGGGCUUCCUCUGCAAGCCCACCUCCACAGUGGGCAGAAAGGGGCUGCUGCCAUAAAGUGGCAUUCAUGGGCACGUGCAGUAGCUGGGCCCAGCCAUGGAUGGCAUUACUGCCAGACUGGGCAUGGAAGUGCCCCUCCCCAUACACACUCCCAGCCCCCAGAUGAUUCCACCCUCUUGUCUGUCCCACCCAGGCUUGACCCUGCUGACUUAGGGCUGACAGACCCUGCCCCUUGCUUAGACUUUGGGUGUUAAAAAC